AUGAAUGCCUGUCUAUCAUGGUUGAUUGCGAUAUUGCUUAAGAUCAUCCAAAAUGCAGCUUCUAGACAGGCACCUCCUCAGGGCUUCCGAUAUGUCUCUUACGACGUGAUCAUCCCAAGGAAGCUGUCUCCCAAGUAUGGGCAAGAAGAACCCCAGGAUUUGAGCUACCUCCUGCAGAUUGAAGGGAAUCCCCAUGUGGUAUUCCUCAGGCAAAGAAGGAACUUCAUCCCUAAGGUCUUUCCUGUCUUCACCUAUGACACAGCAGGGAUUCUCCAGGUGGAUCACCCUUUUAUCAAGGACGAUUGUUUCUACCAUGGAUUUAUACAGAGAAAGUCCUCUUCUCGAGUCACCCUCAGCACAUGUUCAGGAGGACUGAGAGGUCUCUUGCAAAUUGAAAAUAAGACCUAUGAAAUUGAACCAGUCCAGCAAUCUUCUACCUUUCAACACGUGGUGUUUCGGUUAGAAGUAGAGGAAGGGGCUGUCCGAAUGCCUUGUGGGGUAGGACAGGAAGAGCAGAGCCAUCAAGAGGACAUAACUCCUGAAACAGAGAAUCUUGCAAACAAAGAUGUUUUGGGAAAAUCCUGGUGGCCACAUACGAGAUAUGUUAAAGUGGCAAUUGUGAUUGAUCAUGAACUAUAUUUGCAGUUUUACAGCAAUGAAUCGUUUAUUACUAUGCGAGUUCUAGAUAUUGUCCACACUGCAAAUUCAUUCUAUGAUUCCCUUUCUGUUCAUUUGUCAAUAGCAGGAUUAGUGAUCUGGUCACAAAACAACUCCAUAAACAUUACCUCUUCAUCAGGUAGCACACUUUCAUUGUUUAAUAAUUGGAGAAGAAACAAUCUUCUUAAAAUUUUAAAAAAUGAUGUUGGUCACUUAUUUGCAUAUAAGUAUUUUGGGUCAAUCGUAGGACUUGCAUAUGUUGGAACUAUAUGUAGUAGUUAUUGGGCAAGUGCUAUCGAAUCCUAUAGAACUCAAAGUUUGUUUAUGAUUUCUGAAAUAUUUGCCCAUGAACUGGGACACAAUCUUGGAAUGAGACAUGAUAGUCAAUUUUGUCAUUGUGGAAAGCUUAAAUGCAUUAUGGCACGAUAUGCAGCACACUCUGAUAAAUUUAGUAACUGCAGUUAUAAGGAUUAUUUCUACCGUAGAAACACUGACUGUUUAUUUGUCCCACCAGACACUGACACAACUUUUACAUUUGAAUACUGUGGUAACAAAAUAGUGGAAAAUGGAGAGCAGUGUGACUGUGGGUCAGAAACACAAUGCAAGUCAGAUCCCUGCUGUCAAGCUAAUUGUAUGUUGCGCCCUGCUGCUCUUUGUGCCUUGGGUCUGUGCUGUGCUAACUGCCAAUAUUGUCCACAAGGAACUGUUUGCAGACAAAAAAUUAGUAGUUGUGAUCUUCCUGAAUAUUGCAAUGGAACUUCAGGACACUGUCCAGAAGAUGUGCAUGUACAAGAUGGUGCCCUGUGCCAUGAUGGCGUGUAUUGCUAUCACGGGAACUGCAUAACUCAUGAUAUGCAGUAUUAA